AGCAGGGGGCCGUUUAAACGGUGGCGCGGAGUUCGUUAAUACCGUUUAGUUAGAAUGGAGUUUAGCAACGGUCGGCUUGUUUUAGCAGGUGUUGUAGCAUAUGUUGAAGUAUGGUCAUCCAGCAGAACUGAAAACUACUCAAAAGCCUUUAUUCAACAGCUCCUUGAUAUGGGAGCAAAAAUUUCUAAGACUUUGAAUAAGCAAGUUACUCAUGUGAUCUUUAAAGAUGGACUCCUGUCUACAUGGAAUAGAGCUCAAAAAGCUGGAAUUAAGCUAGUAUCAGUGCUUUGGGUAGAAAAAUGCCGAGAAGUUGGAGCACAUGUUGAUGAAUCAUUAUAUCCUGCAAUAAAUACUAAUGAAGGGUUGCCUCAGUUUAUUAAAAAGCACAAAUGCAUGCAGCCCAAAGAUUUCUUUGGGAAAACUCCAGAGAAUGAUCGGAGAUUACAAAAAAGAAUGGAAAUUAUGGCUAAAGAGUUGGAAGUGCAAAGAGCAGCAACAGAAACAGACAUACCAGUUUUAUUAUUUGAAGAUGAUGGUUCACUGGCAUAUAGCCCAGCAAGUAAAAUAAAGUAUCAAUGCAGUGCAAUGGAGAGAAGAAUAAAGGACAUGAAGGAGAAAAGAGAAAAUGUUUCCCCUACUGCUUCACAGUUAUCUCAGAUGUCUGACUUUGGCCCUGCUGUUGUGUCUACAACCUCAACUUCAGCAUUGACUUUAGAACUUGAGAGUAGUAACGUUUUAAAUUCAAGUUUUGUUAAUAUGAUUGGAAAUCCUGAAACCAAGAACCUUGGAAAGAAAUCAAGCAAUUAUUUGGCUAUUGCUGAAAAUGUGCUGGAUGUUUCUAGAGCUGAAUUAUAUAGCUCUCCAGAUUCCACAAGUGACUCUAAGCAUGCAAGUCUAAAGCGAUUGAGUGGUAAACAUUUAAGGGAAGAAUUAAUCCUGCCUAAUAACAAAGGAUGUGAUUUCCUUGUCAAAAAGUCAAUAAUUGAUAUGCCUUCUACCCCAAAGUGCAAAGACAAUUUUAACUGGUUUUCAGACAUAGCUGAUAAUCCUCUUCCUCAGGUGAACAACUUGGACUGUAGAAUUUCUGCAGAAAAUCUGACCCAUUGUGAACUUACUGAAAAUACCAACAACAGUAAUUCUGAGAAUGACUAUCCUUCAAUUAAUCUAAUUCAUACUCCAGUAACAACUAAAUAUUCUCCUCUUUGCAAACAACAAAAAUACCAUAGAAGAAAAUCAAGCCUUGGACUGAAGGCCUCCACAUUACAUGAUAAAGAACCUCAGAAUGACUUCUUACAUGCAGUGCUCACUCCAAUUAACUCUACUAAAGAUCAAGAUUCUUCUUUUGAAGAUUAUUUUUCACCUUCUAACUGUACUAAAAAUAAAAUAAGAGCCAGCCUUCCUUUUUCAUGUCAGCAAAAGUUACAGAAUGACAAAGAAAUCAAGUAUAAGUCUCCUAGCAGUAAAUCAGAGAAUAUGAUGCAGUGUUCUAAUCAAAUAAAUCCAAAUUACAACAGAAAGAGGAAAAGAAUGACUGAGAUUACUGAGGAUGCAGUUAGUGAGUUCAUGCUAUCUACACCUCUUCAAGGGAAAAAAACAGGUAUAAACUGUAUGUCAGACAAUGAAAAUGGAAACAUAGUAGAAACAUCAGACUUUUUUUUAAAUUUCAACAUUCAGGAACAGAUCUUCACAACCAGUUCUCCUACAGCUGAUAUUGCCAAUUUUUCGACGAAUGAUGCCAAAGAUGUUGCUUGUGAACUUUUGGGGGACCAUAUGAAUGAGCCUAAUAGGAAAUUAAAGAUUAAUAGGAGAAUCAAAAAGCCUUUGAGAACAUUAGUCAUGACAAGCAUGUCCUCUGAGAAGCGGGAUGUAAUUGUGCAGGUGAUGAAGAAACUGGGAGGCUUUCUGUCCUCUGAUGAAGUAUGCAAAAAUACAAGUCAUGUAAUUGCAGGGAGCCCCCGCCGGACUUUAAACAUACUUAUGGGAAUUGCUCGAGGCUGCUGGAUUGUCUGUUAUGAUUGGGUUCUGUGGUCUCUGGAACAUGGCUAUUGGAUUUCUGAAGAACCAUUUGAACUGUCAGUGGAUUUCCCUGCAGCUCCUAUUUCCCGAUUUCAGCACAAACUUCCAAAAGAAAAAGGUUAUCAGAAACUCUUUGCCAGUCAACCUAUAAUGUUCAUAUCUCAUACGAGUCAGCCACCCUAUCAGAAGCUCUGUGAGUUGGUGCAGCUUUGUGGAGGAAAAGUAUGUAAAACCCUCCAGCAAGCUAAAAUUUGUAUUGGACAAUGCAAAGUUGGAAAGUGUGUGGAUAUGCAAUGUUUAUCAGAAAAAUGGAUUAUAGAUUCAAUCACCCAGUACAGGAUCUGCCCUCUUGAAAACUACUUGUUUCAGAACAAGGUUUAGUCUGCAUCAAGGAUGGAUUACCAAUUAAUGCCACAAUUUUGGGACUUCAUCUAGGACGUGGAACAAUUAACACUGUUGUGCUUCAGUUUGUGAAUGUUGAACAAGUUG